GCGCCGGCUUAGCAACAUCGGUAGUCAGUUGGAAAUCUCUGAAGGGCAUGGCGGCGCUGAAUAAGAAAGCUCACUAAAAUCGUCCUCUCUUUUUAAUAGUGGUUCUUCUCUCGUGUGGCCCUUCUCUCGUGUGGCCCUUCUCUCGUGUGGCCCAACUGUGAGCUAUUCAGCGCGUCCUUCAGCUGCCACCAGUACAGCAAGACGAAGAAGAAACAGAUUAAAAAUGAGAGGACUAACUAAAGUUUCACUUUUCCUGAUAGCCUUGAUCUUUAUAUCCCCAACAUGCGCCAGUUUAAACGACUACUUCACCUACUCCGGCCCACAGAUGAUCGCCAAAGCUUGCAAUGACAAAGUUUGUAAAACGCCGGACCUUGAGAGCCCGGGAUUCUGCACUGAAGCCUCACUAUACCUGACGUGUUUGGAUGAGCACAUCUUGAACAACCAGGACUGUAGUACAGGAACUCAGGAGUCUGCUCGCGCUCGCUCGUUUUUCAUCAACCUCAUGCUCAGGAUCAAGUUUUGCCAAGAUUUUAUGGACGUCAAGAAAAUUCUUGAUUACUGCCAGCCACCUACUUUGAGCGACUUCGACAUUUGCCACAAAACUGAGAUGUAUGUGAACUGUGUCCAGAGUCUGACGUCAUCGCCCGACACCCAGGAAUUUGAGCAACAAUUUGGAAGAAUUCUCGUCUUUCUAGCUGAACGAUUGGUGGCGUCACGAAACUGCUCAAACCUCGAGGGUAAUGUCAACUCGACCUGUAUGUACAGCACCUGCACCGGCCUGAUAGAAAACGACCCCGACGAUCAAUGCUCAGUGUAUGACGAUGACCACGCCGUGUUUUGCAGUCUAGCGGAUGCGUUCAUCAGCUGUCUACAGGAGAACGUUCUGGACAAUUUGAGCUGCACGUGGUACGAGCAGGGUACCGCCAUCUUGGAAGUUGCUGUCGUCGGCAUCUACAAACUGACAAACUGUGGCUAAGAGUUCACUUUGGUUCAGUGAAGGACACAACUCUAGAAUCUAAAGCUCUCCCCUAUGGCAAGGUUUCAAUAUUUCUCAAGACUGUACUGCUGUCUCUGGAAACAAGAUGAUGUCAAUCAGUUACAGAAUUAAUUACAAAAUUAAUUACAGAAUUUAUUACAGAAUUAAUAACAGAAUUAAUUACAGAAUUUAUUACAGAAUUAAUUACAGAAUUAAUUACAGAAUGCUUGAAAAAAUUCGAUGCUCUAUUAAAAUCUUUUCACACCAAAC